CCCGUGACGCGCCCAAAGGCGCACUAUAUGUGUCUCGCUGCAAACUGACAGCAGUUUAGUCUGCCUUCACUUCAGAAUGAAGCCGUGUAUGCUGCUCGCGCUCCUGCUGUUCUCUCUCGUCUGUCUGAUGUACCAAGCGUCAGACGCGUGUUCGUGCGCGAUGUCUCAUCCACAGGACGCGUACUGCCACUCCGACAUCGUGAUCAGAGCUAAAGUGGUGGGGAAGAAGCUGCUGGACGACGGUCCGUUCGGGACCCUGCGCUACACGGUCAAACAGAUGAAGAUGUACAAAGGCUUCGAUAAGAUCCAGCACGUGCAGUACGUCUACACGGACGAGUCCGAGAGCAUGUGUGGAGUCAAGCUGGACAUCAACAAAUACCAGUACCUGAUCACAGGCCGCGUUCACGACGGGAAGCUGUACACAGGGCUGUGUAACUUCAACGAGCGAUGGGAGCGUCUGUCUCUGGCGCAGAAGAAGGGCAUCAAUCACCGCUAUCAGCUGGGCUGUAACUGCAGGAUCAAGCCGUGCUACUCUCUGCCCUGCUUCGUCACGUCCAAGAACGAGUGUCUGUGGACGGACAUGCUGUCACACUUCGGCUUCCCCGGCUAUCAGUCCCGAAACUACGCCUGCGUCCAGCAGAAGGAGGGCUACUGCAGCUGGUACCGAGGCAUGAGCGCUCGCGACAAGCUCAACAUCAACACCACCGACCCGUGAGACCAGCCUUAGACCAGCGCACCACCGGCCAGACUCUCUUCUGCUCACCAGACCUGCAUUUAUUGGAUCUUAAAUACAGUAAAAUCUGGAAUAAUUGUGAAAUAUUUUUACUUUUAAAACAACUGUUCUCUGUGUGAAUAUCUGCUACAUUUGAAUUUAUUUCUGUGAUGCGCCGCUCAAUUACUCCAGGCUGAUUUACUUACAUUAUGAAUGUCUUUAUAAUCAUUUUGAAGCAUUAUAGAAGAAGCUUUCGGAAUUCCAGAGCGUGUAAUGUUACAAAAGCUUUUUAUUUCAGAUAAAUGUUAAAUCGGCAAAGAAUCUAAAAAAAUAAAUAAAAAAAAAGCACUUAACUGUUUUAAAAAAAAAUGUUGCAUGAAGAUCAUGUGACACUGAAGACUGGAGGAAUGAUGCUGAAAAUACAGCGGAUCAUCACAGAAAUAAAUUACAUUUUAACACAGAUUCACACAGAAAACAGAUGAUUUAACAGUAAAAAUAUUUAACAAUUUUUCUGCAGUAUUUAGUAUUAAAUAAAUGCAAGCUCGCUGAGCAGAAGAGACUUGUUUCUGUUCAGAAGCGUUUGACCGCUGGUGUACAUCCUGGAGCCGUCCUCAUUAACCAGAUUAAACAUGAAGUAAUUUAUGAACGCAAUAAACCCUGCUCUUUUAUAGUGAUGUACUGCUUUUUAAACAUGAUUUGAUCAAUAUGAUACCUGCUGUUGUAUAUGUGCGUGUGCCAGAUUUAUACUGUUCAGUAUCUAUUUAUGAUCGUGCCCAAUCAGAAACUCUUCUUUUCCUUCUCGCUGUUUAUGAUAUAAGCUAUGAAAUUGUGAUUUAGUAUUUUUGUAUUCCUUUAAAGCAAAGAUUAUAAAGGCGUCUUUUCUAGAUGUGUGUGUUUAAAGUGUUUCUGACGGGGAAGUCAGGUCCGGAUGUGAAUCAGAUCGCUGUUCUCUCUUGAUUUCUGCUCCGUUCUGAACCGUUUAUAUAACAUGUACAUAUUCUGUCUGUAACACAAACAUCCCGUCUGACUCUCACCGAAGAGACUCGCGUGAGUGUGUGUGUGUGUGUGUGUGUGAGAAAGAUGACCAUUUUUCAAUCGAUUCGAAUCGAUUUUUAAUUUCUUUGUUUUAUAUUUUUAUAAUAAACUUUGGGAAACGGC